AUGCAACAUUCAUGUUCACAUACAUGUCAACAUGUUGAUGAAACAAAUGUUGGUCAAUGGAAUUUAUAUACAAAAAUUGAUAAAUAUAAUUUACAAUGUUAUAAUGAAAAACAUGAUGGUUCAGGUAAAGAUGUAUUUCGAGCAUGGGAAGAACGACUUGAUCGAUCAAAAUUAUAUUUUGUAGUUGAAAGUGAUGAUGAACAAGAAUUACUUUUCAGUAUACCAUUUAAUGGUGCUCUAAAAAUAACUGGUCUAUGUGUUAUUGGUGAAAAUGAUCCAUCACAUCCAAAUACAGUUAAAUUAUAUGUGGAUAUAUCUUCUUCUACAUGCAAUAAUGUUCAGUGUCUGUCUGUCUGUCUGUUUCUCUGUGCCGGGUCAAAGGUCAAAGGUCAAAUAAGACUCUAA